AUGUCUGUUCAAGUCUCGACUCAACCACCCUAUCCCCUCCACGAGUCCGUUAGGGAUAAACUGAGUCCCGACUAUGUGGCUUUCUACAAUCAAUACAUCAUAAACAACCAGCAAGUCCACUACCAGCCCGUGGAAGCCUCUCGCACAAGCGGAACGCUGAUCCCGGGAGGUGGUCCACUGCUCACUGUUGGCAAAACCGAGGAUAUUUCUAUUGCACGACAGACAAGCUCUGGGGAUGAUGUUAAGGUCCGGUGUUUUACACCAGCUGGAGGGAAACCGUACGAUGGUUGGCCGGUUAUGCUGUAUUUCCAUGGUGGUGGAUGGGUUCUCGGGACAAUUGAUACCGAAAACACUGUUUGUACAAACAUCUGUGUGCGCUCAAAUUGCGUUGUCAUUACUGUUGACUAUCGUCUCGCGCCAGAGCAUCCCUGGCCAGCCGCUGUCUACGAUAGCUGGGAGGCAUUUCAAUGGCUUGUUUCCGAUGGACCUUCCAGGCUCGGUAUCAACAUAUCUAAGAUGGCUAUAGGCGGUUCUUCGGCUGGUGGUAAUCUCGCGGCUAUUGUCACCCAGAAAGCUCUCGCAUUGUCACCACCUGUUCUUUUCAUGGCCCAGGUGCUCUCGGUUCCUGUCACCGAUAACACAGCCCUGGUAACCAACAAUAAAUCCUACGAAUUGUACGAACAGACGGCUGCUCUUCCGGCAGAGAAGAUGCUGUGGUAUCGAAAGCACUAUAUUCCCGAUAAAUCCGAUUGGGCUCAUCCGGAAGCAAGCCCUCUAUUCUACCAAGGUGACUGGUCGCAACUCCCAGCAGCAUUGAUUCUCGUCGCGGAGUUGGAUGUUCUCCGUGCGGAGGGGGAAGGAUAUGGAGAUAAGUUACGCGCUGCUGGUGUGCCCGUGAAUCUACAUGUUAUGGCCGGAAUGCCACAUCCUUUCCUCGCAAUGGAUGGCGUUCUGGGGGAGGGCAAGAGGGCUAUUAGUUUGAUGUGUGACACACUGCAAAAGGCAUUUUGGGGAGAAUCAUCUGGAACGAAGAGCUUUGUGUAUUAG